GUUCUGCGUCUGCCACAUAACAAAAAAGUGGUCAAUGCAGCAGUGUUUUGAAGAACCGUCUUUUUCUGGGGCGUGAAGAUUUCGUACAGGAUAAUUGCGUUGUAAAGCACAAAAUAAUCCAGCUGGGUUAGCCAUGUCCGACGUACCUGGUGAAUCCAGUAUUCCCCAGGGAUUGGGUGGUGUUUUGGAGCCGCAAGUACUGGAGAUUCCAGCGGCCAAUGUUCGUUCCAGCCUGGCCGAGUUGGAAAACCAAGCUUCCCAGGUGCUAAAUCGCUUGGAGUAUGUGAAAGGAGCUGUAGAGCAGCAGCAGCAAAAUCCGAUUCCGAUAACUCCGGGUUUCCUUCAACCGGAUAAGAAGCCGACUGCCGAAGUACUCUCGACACUCGAAACGCUCAUUUCCCAACUGGACGUCGAUGAAGAGCCGGAAUUCGUGCUGCCACCGUUGGAUGAUGCGGCACAAUUGGCCGUCAUAACGCAUUCGAUUGCAUCGUACUUGACCUCAUUGGAUCGACAACAUCUCAGCCGGAUUGUUUCGAAAAUAGUUUCGGACACGAAUCGCUGGCUGAGUCACAUGUUCAGAUUCAUGGAUUGUAGUACCAGCUACUAUCGCGAUAGUGCCGAAUGUAUUCUGUACUCGGUCCGGCUGGCAAUCGCAAACCGCUUUCCGGAGUCGGUCGAUAACCGACUGUCGCAGCUGCAAAAUGCUACGCUUUAUAUUUCCGAAAACAGCUCUUUGUUUGCCCUGCAAAACACUUGCCGUUUCAUUGGACUUCCUGUGGCAAACAUUCGCACUGUUCCUUGUAAUGUGAUAACCGUCGCUCGUGGUACUAUGGACGCCUCGGAGCUGCAGAAGAUGAUUGCGACUGACGUUGAAGCUGGCAAAGUUCCUUUGUUCGUGAUGGCCGAUCUCGGUUCGUCGGUUUGCGGAGAAGUCGACAAUUUGGCCGUCAUCAGGAACGUAUGCAACUUGAGCAAUGUAUGGUUGCAUUGCCAGGGACAUUGCUUGGCGGCAUUGGCCGUUACGAAGGGAACAUUGACAGGGAUCAAAGCCAUCCCGGACUCGAUGACGCUGAACUUGGGCAAUUGGCUGGGAAUGAGCGGCGUGCCGUGUGUGCUCAUGUACAAACAGAUCCCGGCCAGCAUGCUGACGUUGUUUGAUGUUGAUCCCAUUCUGUCGAACCGGCUGACCGCGCUCAGCUUGUGGACCAUCAUGCAGACGAUGGGAGUGGACGCCAUUAGCGAGCGAAUAUUCAUGGCAUUCGAUUCGUGCCGGCAGAUGCAUGAAAUGCUCAGCAAGAUAGAAGGAGUUAAAAUUUGGAGUAAAGCUCCUCGUCAAGAGGCUGGGAAAUCCUUCCGGGCACUGUUGAACAGUCCAAUCAAUUAUUGCAUUCUGUUCGAGUCCGCUAUUCCGGUGGUAGUGUUUCAAUUCGAUGGAACCUGUGCUGAGAAGAAUGCUGCCACGAACGAAGUGACCACCUCGGUUGGAUCGGAAGCUGAUGUUUCGGUAGAAUCGCAGCUGCCAUCAGAUGCGGUGGACAGCAAGACAAAAGAUGAGCCAACCAGCAAGUCGAACAUCUCCUCAUACUUUGACCGCUUGAACGGAUGGUUGGGCCAGAUUUUGUUGCGUGAUUGUUCCCAGUUAAAUCUGGAAAUCAUUAACCAUUCAUUGCACGGCACCUGCAUCCGUUACUCUCCGUUCGCACCUGGAUAUGGGGAGUUGCUUCCGCUCAGCGAGGUCAUCGAAAGCGUGGGACAGUUUAUCGAGGCGCAAAUCGAGAUACUGCUGGCGACUGUUAAACACAAGGCUCGCUUCAACCAGCUUGUGGCCGAGAGUCCGGUUCUUCGUCUGAUCGAGCUUAACGAUUGGGCUGGGCUGGGUAGUGUUCAUUACGUUCCGGAAGGAUGGGAAACACUACUGACCGAUCAGGCCAAAACGGAGCUAAACAGGCUAAACUCGGCGUUGGUGGAAAUGCUGAAAGCUCACGAUGGUGCAUUUUCCCUCGGAGAAGGAACUGAUGGACUUAUCUGUGUGCGCUUUGGCAUGGUCACCAGCGAAACCGAUGUGGAAGAGCUGCUUGAUCUGGUGAUUCAAACCGGUUUGAAAAUUCAGGAAAACUCCAAAAUACUGGACACCAUGUCCGAGAUCCUCAAGAAAGGUAUCGAGGCAGCCACCAUGGACUUGCAGCGCGAGGCCGAUGAAAAGCUCUGGCAGGACGGAAUCUUACGACAAGUUCCGCUCGUCGGUCGGGUCGUCAACUGGUGGAGUCCUCCGAUUAAGGAAAGCGGCGUAAAAGGACGCAGCUUGAACCUUACGCAAGGAGUUGUGGAGAGUACGGAAAACAUUUACAAGUACCACAUGCAAAUGACGGCCAAACCGAAUCAACUACCGGGCAACAAAAAUCCUCCUACACCGCUGGUCCAGACGCCGAUUAGUGCCGAUGGAGGGGAAAGCCUACAUUCCAGAAACCCGAGCGCGAGCAGCCAGCUAUCCAGCGGCCAAUCCGUGGAUCGUACAGUUUCAACGGUACAACAGCAGCAUCCGCAACAAGCGCAAAGCAAUGCAAUUGCAGGUGGAGAUACGACAGCACCAGCAACAACAGCAGCAUUGGCACAAUAAGAUAACCAACAAUGAUGAGGUGGUGCAUUUGUAUGCGUUGUAAAUUUAAGUGUAUUCCCAUGUUAACCCGCAUUAUGUUAUUUUUUUACCAAAGUCAGUACUGUUCUAUACCAUACUUUUAAUAUGAUUAUGAUAGUUUUAGUUAUAGCGAAAAAAAUAGCGUUGAUAAAAUGCUGAUAGCAUUUAACCCCCUAAAUUAUCCCUGGACUAACAACAAUGACUUAAGUAAAUCGGCAAGAGUGUGGUGCGAAAGUUGUGCACCGCGGUAAACGCAAUAAUCCUACAUAUUUAUUACAAGAUAUUUAACGAUUGUAGUGUAUGGUGCACGUGAGAACACAUAAUAAAUUUUAUUUGAAUUUUCACAGUA